UCCUUCUAUUUCCUCCUGUAAUAUAUUGUUGCUGUUGUUUUGGCACGCUUAACCAUGCUGGAUUAAUAGCUAACAGUAAUGUUUAGAAAAUGUGUUGGUGUAGGUUAAUUUCGGGCCGGAUGUCUUUAUAAUAAACCAGAAUACUUUCUGGACUGUCUGUAUGCUGCAGACAUGAAAAUACGUUCUGAAAAACAAAAAACAAAACAUUUUAUGUCGAAUCUACAGUCAUGUCACCACAGCUGCAGGUGGGAGGAUUUCCUGCUUUCAUUGUCACCAUGUUAGCAGCACCUGUCCUGCUGCUGCUGCUGUUGGUUGCCUGUCCUUCCUCAUCUGGAGCACAGCUGCCAGGUCAUGGUCAGGCCAAGGAUGUCCCCAUAGCCACCAACGGCCAGCCAUUCCCCUGGGACCGCAUGAGACUUCCUAAAACCAUCUCCCCCUUCCACUACGAUUUGACCAUCCACCCCAACCUGACUACCCUCCACUUCACUGGCGUUGUUCGUAUCCAGCUGGACGUGCAUGAAGACACCAGCAUCAUUGUUCUCCAUGCCAAGCAGAUGCAGAUAUCCAACGUGUGGCUCCUUGCUCCUGAGGGUGUGAGGCCUCUCCAGGUGUUGGAGUAUCCCCGUUUCCAUCAGCUCGCCCUGCUGUCGGACUCGGUGCUGACCAAAGGUAGGAGGUAUGAAGUUCAGCUGGGGUUCGCUGCCAACUUAUCUGACAGCUUUCACGGGUUCUACAAGAGCAGCUACCGCACCAGCAGUGGGGAAGUCCGGGUUAUGGCAUCCACGCAGUUUGAAGCCACUUUUGCUCGUGGAGCCUUCCCCUGUUUUGAUGAGCCCGCCUUCAAAGCCAAGUUCACCAUACGGAUUGUACGAGAGCCACGCCACAUAACCAUAUCCAACAUGCCCAAGGUAAAAACAGUGGAGUUGCCAGGCGGUUUGCUUGAGGAUCACUUUGACACCACUGUAAAAAUGAGCACCUACCUGGUGGCCUACAUUGUGUCUGACUUCCUGUCUGUGAGCAAGACCACCCGGCAUGGUGUCCAGAUUUCAGUCUACGCUGUAGCUGAGAAGAUCAACCAGACAGCUUUUGCGCUGGAUGCCGCCGUCAAGCUCUUGGACUUCUAUGAGGACUAUUUUGAUAUUCCUUACCCGCUUCCCAAACAGGACCUGGCUGCUAUCCCUGACUUCCAGUCAGGGGCGAUGGAGAACUGGGGGCUGACCACCUACAGAGAGACGGGCCUCCUCUUCGACCCUGACAAGUCCUCCGCUUCAGACAAACUGGGUAUCACCAAAGUCAUCUCCCACGAGCUCGCCCACCAGUGGUUUGGGAACCUGGUGACGAUGGAGUGGUGGAAUGACCUGUGGCUCAACGAGGGUUUCGCCAAGUUCAUGGAGUUCAUUUCUCUCGACAUCACCUACCCAGAGCUGCAAGUGGACGACUUCUUCUUGGGGAAAUGUUUUGAGGCCAUGGAGGUAGACUCCCUCAGCUCCUCUCACCCCGUCUCCACACCCGUGGAAAACCCCACGCAGAUCCAGGAGAUGUUCGACGACGUUUCAUAUGACAAGGGAGCAUGUAUUCUGAAUAUGCUGCGGGAUUUCCUGACUCCUGAAGCCUUUGAGAUUGGCAUCAUCCGAUACCUCAAGCGCUACAGCUACCAAAACACUGUCAACAGCCACCUGUGGGAGAGCCUAACUAAUAUCUGCAGCUCCGAUGAUCUGGACGAAGGCCGAAUGAAGCACAAAGAAUUCUGCUCCCAGCGUGACCUCCAGUCUGGAGUCUCUAAAUGGUACUCCGGUGAUGAGCUGGAUGUCAGGGCCAUCAUGGACACCUGGACGCUGCAGGAGGGCUUCCCGCUGGUCACUGUGGAGGUCCGAGGUCGGGAGGUCAGGCUCAGUCAGGAGCGUUACCUGAAGACAGACGACUACUCCCUCACUGAAGGGUUCCUGUGGCAGAUCCCACUGACCUACAUGACCAGCGCCUCCAACACCAUCCACCGCUUCCUGCUUAAGACAAAGACUGAUGUCCUGUACCUGCCGGAGGAGGUGGACUGGGUGAAGUUCAAUGUGGACAUGAGUGGCUACUACAUGGUCCACUACGCAGGCGAGGGCUGGAACUCCAUCACCAAACUGCUGCAACACAAUCACACAGCCCUGAGCAGCAACGACCGCGCCAGCCUCAUCCACAACGUCUUCCAGCUGGUCAGUAUAGAGAAGGUGAGGCUGGACACAGCUCUGGAGCUGUCUCUGUACCUGUCCAAAGAGACUGAGAUCAUGGCUGUGACUCAGGGCUUUGGAGAACUCGUACCUCUCUACAAACUGAUGGAGAAGAGAGACAUGGCUGCUCUGGAGAACCAGAUGAAGGACUACAUUGUGGAUCUGUUCCGGGGGCUGAUUGAUCGUCAGGAGUGGUCUGACUCUGGAUCAGUGUCUGAGCGAAUGCUGAGGAGCUACCUGCUGCUGUUUGGAUGCGUCAGGAACUAUGCUCCCUGUGUGACCAAAGCCACCCAGCUCUUUAACAGCUGGAGGGACUCUGACGGCACCAUGAGCCUCCCUGUUGACAUCACCAUGGCUGUGUUUGUGAUUGGAGCUCGAACACCCGAGGGGUGGGACUUCCUGUUUGAGAAGUACCGCCGUUCGAUGCAAAUGUCUGUAAAGAGCCGCAUGAAGACUGCAAUGGCCGUCAGCCCCCUACAGGACAAGCUACAGUGGAUGAUGGAGCAGAGCCUCCACGGUGAGGUGAUGAAGACCCAGGACCUCCCAGAUGUAAUCGUCUCUGUCAGCAAGAACCCCCGUGGCUACAAACUGGCCUGGGACUUCCUCCGAGCCAACUGGCACAUCUUGAUCAAGAAAUUUGACUUGGGCUCAAGCACCAUAUCAUACUUGGUGACUGGGGUGACCAACCAGUAUUCUACCAGGGAAAUGUUAGAUGAGGUGAGAGGCUUCUUCGGCUCUCUGACUGAGGAAUCGGGCUCGGAGAUGAGAUGUAUCCGGCAGACCUACGAGACCAUCGAGGAUAACAUCCGCUGGAUGGACACUAACCUUCCUCUGCUGCAGGCCUGGCUGGACAAACGCAGCCACAGAGCCGUCCAUGAAGAUUUAUAGCUCCAGAGGAAACAAAAAAAAACGUUUAGAUUGGACAAUCACGUUGCUAAAGGCACAAACUUCAAGAGGUGUGGAUGCAAGUCAAAAAAGCUUGAAGCAUCUCCUUGAGUCAGACUGGAACUACAAAUUUGAUGACUUCAUAUUUAAAAAAACAAAAUUCAAACAGCGUCCUAACUUACCCUCCCAAAACGUAAAGAUAAAAAACAAAAACCUUUUAAGAUGCUGUGUCAUCUCAGUGCAUAUUAUUAAUUACCCCAAACCUGACUGACAUGACUUGGCACACGCGUCAACAGUUAGAAUUGACUUGUGACUUGCAAAACAAUAAUUUUCUGC